GGAAGCAAGGGGUCCCGGAUGAGCGGUACAAAGGGAGGAAACGCGCCUGCGCUCGCUCUUUUCUCCCUCAGCUAACCACGUUAGUUGUUCCCUUUCCUGGCUCACCGCUGUUCGCUUGAAUUUCUUCCGAAUAAGUCGGUCAGGAAUAUUCGCAAUGGCUUUUAAAGAUACCGGUAAGGCACCUGUUGAGACAGAGGUUGCAAUCCACCGCAUCCGCAUCACCCUCACCAGCCGUAACGUCAAAUCUCUGGAGAAGGUCUGCGCAGACCUGAUCCGUGGGGCUAAGGAGAAGAACCUGAAGGUGAAGGGACCGGUCCGCAUGCCAACUAAGACUCUGCGUAUCACCACCAGAAAGACUCCCUGUGGUGAAGGGUCUAAAACCUGGGAUCGCUUCCAGAUGAGGAUUCACAAGCGUCUGAUUGAUCUGCACAGCCCUUCUGAAAUCGUCAAGCAGAUCACCUCCAUCAGCAUCGAACCAGGUGUCGAGGUCGAAGUUACCAUCGCAGAUGCAUAAAUGAUUUUUCAAUAAAGAAACUAACAAGGAAAA